CUUUUACUAAACACUAGCAGCAAGGUCGAGCUCAGGUACCGCAGCUUGACAUUUUGGGUAAUCUUUCUUUAGUCAUGGGCUGCUACCGCAUGUCAAAAACGUGGUUCAGUUGCUGACAUGCAGUGAGCAUGAGGGCGUUUCAGGGAGUUAGUACCGACUGUCUACCGUUUUUUAUUUUUGCAGCAUUGUCAAUGAGUUAUCGUGUGAGUGUAAGAUUUUAGCUUUACGUCGCGUUGUAAACACAGCUAGCUGACAGCAGCUAGCUCAGUUAUUUACAUAUAAACAUGGGCUCCGCUCCCAAUCACGGCACCGUUAACGUAACAGAGACAGGACUGCCCAGCAAACCCGUGCCUGCUGUCUCGGUAGUCGCACAUGUCCAGCAGGUCUUAGGCCAUGUAAAGAUUGAAAACCUGGUCGCAGGACUCAGUGGGGGAGUGGUGUCAACACUGGCGCUUCACCCACUGGACCUGGUCAAAAUCAGAUUUGCAGUGAGUGAUGGCUUGGAAUUACGACCGAAGUACAAUGGCAUACUGCACUGUAUGAAAAGUAUCUGGCAGCAGGAGGGACUGAGAGGACUGUAUCAAGGUGUGACACCCAAUAUUUGGGGUGCUGGAGCGUCAUGGGGUCUCUACUUCUUUUUCUACAAUGCAAUCAAAGGGUACACAAAGGAAGGUCGUCAAACUGAACUGAGUGCCACAGAACACCUGGUGUCUGCAGCUGAAGCAGGUGUCCUAACACUCACCCUGACCAACCCGAUCUGGGUGACAAAGACCCGGUUGGUGCUGCAGUACAAUGCUGACCCGACCAGUAAACAGUACAAUGGGAUGGUGGAUGCUCUGGUCAAGAUCUACCGCCAUGAGGGAGUGCCUGGACUAUACAAGGGUUAUGUUCCCGGUCUGUUUGGCACGUCGCAUGGAGCGCUGCAGUUCAUGGCCUACGAGGAGCUCAAGAGAGACUACAACAAGUACAAGAAAGUGCCUUCCGAUGCAAAGCUGAAUGCAUUGGAAUAUAUCACAAUGGCGGCAUUAUCCAAAAUAUUUGCUGUGGCCACAACAUACCCGUAUCAGGUGGUGCGAGCUCGCCUUCAAGACCAGCACAAUAGAUACAAUGGAGUUAUUGAUGUCAUAAGGCGGACAUGGAGGAACGAAGGCGCCGCCGGAUUCUACAAAGGCAUAUUCCCCAAUUUGAUACGUGUCACUCCUGCCUGCUGCAUCACGUUUUUAGUGUAUGAGAAUGUGUCUCGCUUCCUUCUGGGACAAAAUAAAUGAGGUUUAGAAGAAGAGCACGGAGCUGCAAAGACUCCUGAGUUCACACACACAAAGAGGAAAGCAGACUGAAAGUGAACUCCCACAGCACAUGUAGAUGUGCUGAUGUGAGAUGUGAGAAGCUUUCAUCUUCACUGAAAAUGAAUGAGGAAGUUGCCAAACUGAGUAACAGAAUCAACAGUGGAUUUUCUUCCUUUCAAGACAGAUCCUGGAAUGUGAUGAGGAGGUAUCAUCUGUCUCUGAUUCAUCUGAAACUCUCACCAUGACUGCUCACCCCAGUGGAUGCAAUGCUGUUGUGUUAAACUGAUGUCUAGGUCUGUUUUUUGGGCUUGUAUCAGGGAAGAGAGAUAAGUGAAAUAUUUCAUCAUACAGUAGUUAUGUUUACAUUUUAUUUUUCUUGCGGCAGAAAGGGACACAAGCUGAAAUGUUAAAAGCUGAUUAUGAACAGCAAAUAGAGAUCUCCUCAGGUUUCUAGUUGAUUGUGUAUGUAAUAUUAGUUUGUCUCUUUUAAAUUAUGUCUGUAUAUGAACAGAAAAAAUGGAGAUGGUGUUUUGUCUAAAUGCACCAACAUGUCUUCAAAAAUGCGUUCUAGGUUGACAUUAUCUUUGUUUUCUUGCAACAGAUUGUGACUGCAUUGCUUUAUAACAUUUUGUUAUAAAAUCCAAAUUAUGCUUUC